AUGAUGUCCCUGGGUGUCAGCAAAGGACGAGUGAUCCCACCUACAGAUGAGGACCGCAGGAGGAUCAUAAGGCAGAUGAAAGUUCGUACCACUCUGAAAGGAGAUCAGAGCUGGAUCCAUCACCAGAACUCAGAUUCUGAAGAGGAGAAGAAGAGCAGCCCACGGUCUGGACGGGCUGAUGGGGGAUCUUCAGUCUCAGCACCUAYUCCACCCCAGAAUGACAGGUCUCCUGCUGCCAAGCCUCAGUCCGGUUACCUCAUCAGGGGAGUUUUCACAAGGACCAUUGAUAAGACUCCUUCACCCCCAGAUUCUGCAUCUUCCAAAGAAGCACAGAAAAGCACUGCAGUGAAGGGAUCCAGCCAAGGCCGUUCUUCCUCUGGCUACAGGAUGACAACGGAGGAUUACAAGAAACUAGCUCCAUAUAAUAUCAAGCAAAGGUCAGUGGACUUGGAUGAGGAGGAUGUCCCUUUUACUCCAGAUGAACAUAAAAAGAGGACAGAGGCAGCCAACAGUGUCCUGCGGCGCACUGCGAGCCGGGAACGGGCUUACGUCCUCUCAGCAGCCAAGAAAAGCAACGGCAGCCCAACACAAGAAUUCCCACCCCUGUUCGCCAAGAGAAUUGAGAUAGAAGAAGAAGAAGGACAGCAGAGGAGGAGUUCGACUGUGUCUGAUUCACUCAAGUUUACACCAGAUGGCAACAGUGUUAAGGGAAGAAACACAGUUGCAUCUUCCUAGAAUGAGCAAAGGACAACAGCAAMGUCUCCCACCAGCACUGAAAUGGGUAGUAGGUGCCAAACAACCACAUCCUCGAGUGAAACACCACAGAAAAUCUCCACUCAUACUGAAAUCAGAAAUGGUGAAAACAGACAUACCUCUAAUGGGAAUUUCUCCUCUGAAAGUGGGUCACAGCGUGGGGACAGGUAGGUAAUCAAAAAAAAUGGAGCAAGCCAGAUUGUCCAUCUGUCUUCACCUCUCACUGUAGAAGAAGCUGUAGAAGGCUUGGAUUUACCAGUGAAUUUCUCUAGCAUUUACCCAGAAAAUGCAGAAGCCAAKAAUGGAUUUUACUCACCAAAGCCCAGCUGUGGUUGUGGAGACAAAAUUUCAGAUGCUACAGCCAAGUUGCACUGUCAAUAUGAGAUCUCUCCGUACCCGGAUGAUGCAAAGUCCGAAUCUGCAAGGUCUAGUGUCCCCUGUCCUCCUACUGACAGAGCUUCUGUGCACCUAGAGGACACACAAUAUUACUCUGAAAGGUCUGCCCAAGGUCACAAAGAGGAGGAUGCCCAUAGCGAAAAGCAACGUGAGGGCACACGGGACACAGAAGAACAUAAAUCAGAGCUGCACCCUGGAGGGUUUUCUGACUCAAACAGCCAUACUGAGAAGCGAGAAGAACCUCCUGACCAUGACACCCACUCAGAGUCUUCCAGGUCAAAGGAACACUCUGAGUUUGAAGAGAGCAUGGCUAAGUCCAGCACAUACCCCAAGGAUGGUGGCAGCAGGAGUGUGGACGUUAACAAGGAGAUCUUGCCCUAUGUGCAGAGUGAAGAAGGUGGUUCAAGAAGGGUCACACCAGCUUAUGAAGAASAAACCUCUUCACCCAGCGAGAGCCACCAUGAGAGCCCAGGAGCCCCCAGACCCAGUGAACCUAUCCCGACGGCUGCAAGGUCUAACUUCAGGUCUAGAGAGAGUGCCCUGGGUGCAUAUGAGACCCAACAUCCCAUGCCACAGUACAUGGACAGCCAGUCUUACAACAGCAGCGUGUCACCACCCAGUCACAGGAUGCCAGGCUACGUUGCCAGCCAAGUAUUCAGCACUCAAAGACCUACCCCGGAUUACAGAGGGACAGUUUAUGAUGGGAGAAGCAGCCCAAGCAACAGCAGAUAUGACAGUGCAAGUGCCAGGGGGCACUGUGAAUUUAACUCCCCUCCUGGAAGCCACUACUCCCUUCCCAGAGAUACCACCAUGUCCAUUCCCCAGAGAAGCCACAGGGUGCCGUUCUACAUGGACAGCUCAAACUAUAACAGCACCAGGCUUCUCUCAAGUUCAAGUGAGAGGAUCUCCACUCCAGCUGCCACCUUGCAGUACAGCAGCCCAGCAGCCUCUGGGUAUGGGCUUGACCCCAGCGCCACUGGAAAGGGGAUCCUCUUUGUGAAGGAGUAUGUGAACAGCAGCGAGUUAUCGUCCUCCCCACGCUAUGGCAGUGGCAGCCUUGUCGAUUUGAGCAAUUUGGACAGAGCAACCACCAGCCACCAGAGCUACCUGUCCAGCUCUCCCCUGAUGAGGUCCCGUGAGGCUGUUUGCAGUUACUGUGGCCGUGAGAUCCACGAUUGCCCCAAGAUCAUCGUAGAGCACCUUAACAUCUGCUGCCACGAAUACUGUUUCAGGUGUGGAAUUUGCCACAAAGCAAUGGGAGACCUUCUGGAUAAAAUAUUCAUCCACCGGGACAUUGUCCACUGUGACAAGUGCUAUGAGAAGCUCUUCUAG